UGCACAGUUUACACCUGACAAUCUUUCGUUUACAGUACAAAUGCGUGCAAUCUGUAAUCAAAAUUGUAUACAACAGGAUCAUGGUGUAUAUAAUAUUGUCAAAGUGAUAAUAGUGCUGACGGUUUUGUUAAUUUUGCUUCUGUCACUAAAUAUAUUAGUUUUUAAAUUUCAAGCAGAAGAGGCUCAUUUUAAAGACACUGGAGACUACAUUACACACUUGGAUCAUUAUCCAGUAUUUUGUGACGAGUUGUCACUUAGUCCAUAUGAGGAUUAUGACACUUUUAAUGUAAAGAAAAAUCAAUUCAGAUACUUUUUGUAUAAAAAUAGAUACGUUUGCAGCUGCACAAACUUGACGAAAACUGUAGAAAAGAUUGUAGAGCGGAAAUCAAGACUAAGACUAUCAAAAGGACAAGUACAACAACCCUAUUUACAAUGCGGGAUCGAAAGUCUAAGAGAGUCCUCCGGUUAUCUGAGCGCCUCUUUUAUAAAAUUUGCAAGUCACCAAACAUUCAAAGGGCACGGAAGAAAUGUCAAAAUUCGUUGGGACAAUCACCCGGAAAAUGCGUUCAUAUCGAAACAGCUCGAUUUCCAAAAUGGCGAACUGAAAGUUCCGGAAGCUCGAUUUUACUUUAUUUAUGCGACAGUAUCAAUGAACAUAAGCGGUACCGACAGCCAAAACGGCCAGAUUUGCAGAUUCUAUAUACGGAUAUGCGCCAAAAGACGCGGGCACGAGCGUAUACUGCUGCAAAGAAAGGCGAUUUACAACACCACAGACAACAAUGCUGUUUCGACCCUUAACGUCGGAAGCCAUGUUUUCCUGGCAAGAGAUGAAACUAUUUUCGUACGAGUGUCAGAGGCAAGUCGCCUGAUUUCAAAAUCUGCGACAAACGUUUUUGGUAUCAUUCCGUUGAGGUAGUACUGUGGUUAUGAACAACACUAGAAAUAUUUAAUAACUAACAUAAAACUUGAAACAUUUGUCCAGGUCUUCCUCAAUAAGGUUCGUGUUGCUGUUUUAUGUAUCUUGCUUUAAUCGUCAAAUUGUUCACGAUAAGGUAAACAUCUGCUAUUAUUAUACAGCCAGUCUUAGAGAUAUGAAAUUAUGUCUUUUAUUCACGUUUUCGUUGCUACUGAAAUGUGUUAUUUUUUCCCGAUGUUUAUGCAAGAACUAGAAACUUAUAUAUUGAAUAGUUUCUUUUAAUUAUGUUUACGAUUAAAGAUAUAUUUUAAAAUGUAGUGACAAUAUUAAUCAAGAAGCGGCAAAUUAUAUUUCACUUUAACAGUG